AUGGGAGCAAUAAGCUCUACAUUUUUAACUUUGUUGUCGGCUGGUGAUCACAUCGUAAUAGCACGUAGCGUUUAUGGUGGUUGUUAUGAGUUAUUAACAACGUAUGGUCAAAAUUUAGGUUUCGAAGUUAGUUUUGUAGACGCAACUGAUAUCAGUAAUUAUGCUAAAGAAAUCAAAUCAAAUACAAAGGUGUUAUAUGCUGAAACACCUUGUAAUCCAACUAUGCGUGUUACUGACUUGUAUUCAUUAGGUCAAUUAUCUAUGAAAUAUGGUCAACAAAUAAAAGUAGUUGUUGAUGGCACAUUUGCUACUCCUUAUCAUACCAGAGCACUAAACAUACCUGGUAUUGAUAUAAUAAUACAUUCAGCAACAAAAUAUUUGGGUGGUCAUUCGGAUCUUACGGCAGGUUGUGUUAGUAGUAAUGAUAAAUCAUUUUUAUCAAAAUUGACAAAAACAAUGAAACUGUUUGGUUGUAUAUUAAGUGCCUAUGAUGGUAUGUUAUUAAUGCGUGGUAUAAAAACGUUAGAUGUUCGAAUGCAACGUCAUAAUGAAAAUGCACAAUAUAUCGCGGAAUAUUUAUCUACACAUCCAUUUAUUGAUGUUGUACAUUAUCCUGGACUAACAACACAUCCUGAUCAUGUAAUUGCCAAAAGACAGAUGAAUAAUGGAUUUGGUGGUAUGAUAUCGUUUGAAGUUAAAGGUGGAGCAGAAGCCGGUAGAGCAGUGGUUGAACAUUUAAAAUUAAUUAAUUUAGCUGUAUCAUUAGGUUCAAUUGAAUCAUUGAUAUGUCAUCCAGCAUCGAUGACACAUGGUAUGGUGCCAAGUGAAGUGAGAAUAAAUGCUGGAAUUAAAGAUGGUUUAAUUCGGUUCAGUAUUGGAAUUGAAGAUAAAGAAGAUAUAAAAAAGGAUUUAGAUCAGGCAUUAGAAUAUGCUAAACCAUUCAUAGUAUCUGACUAG